UUUCAUUUUUUUUUCUUUUUAUCUCCCAGUUUCCUCUUCCUCCUUUAUUUCUUUCUCUCUAUUUUGCAGGAAACGUUUGGCUUUGUAGGUCUCUAAGCAAGUUCAUUAUCAUGGAGCAUCAUGUUCCUCCUGAAAGCCUCAUGGUCACGGUCAAGGGACAGGAUGGACGUGAAAGGCAAUUUAAGAUUAAUAAACAUAAUUCUUCAGUAGAGAAGCUUCUGCAUCGCUAUUGUGAGGUCAAUAAUUUGGAGUACAAAACUGUGACGUUUUUAAUUAAAGGCUUGCGGUUUAAUCCUAGGAAAACACCAGCUGAGCUCAACUUGAAGAAUGGUGUUGUAAUAGAAGCCUUCUUGCCCGUGGAUGGAGGCGGAAGCGGAGGUGAGGCAGCUAACAGAAGCUUAAAGCUUUAAAUGCUUGGUACCUCGGGAAGUCUUUUAGUCUUUAAUUAUGUUAAAUUUGUACUUGAUCUGCAGCUGCAUUAGGUUAGGUUAAGAUCUGAACAGACAAAUAUAAUUCUUGAACUUUAUUUAUCAUAUCACUGUGACUUUGUGGCUUAAUUCCCAGCUAGUUGGUGUAAUAUAAGCCUUUCUGAUAUAUUCAGGUGUCUUAUUUUAGAGCUAUCUAAGCCCCUUCAAUGGACAAAAA